CAGUAAUUCCUCCGUCUGAAUCUUCGGGAAUACCAUCAAAAUGCCGUCCGCUAGACUCACCUACCGCCGACGGGCCCCGUACAACACCACCAGCAACAAUGUGCGCGUGAUCAAGACUCCCGGUGGCCAGCUCCGAUACCUCCACAUCAAGAAGAAGGGCACUGCUCCCAAGUGCGGUGACUGCGGUACCAAGCUCCCCGGUAUCCCUGCCCUCCGUCCCCGCGAGUACGCCACCAUCUCCCGCCCCAAGAAGACCGUCCAGCGCGCCUACGGCGGCUCGCGAUGCGCCAACUGCGUCCAGGACCGCAUCGUCCGCGCUUUCCUCAUUGAGGAGCAGAAGGUCGUGAAGAAGGUGCUCAAGGAGUCGCAGCAGAAGAAGCGUUAAGGGGUUAUGAUUGUGGGAGUGAUUGAAAACAGGGCAUUCGGUGUUCAUGUGCAUUACGGGCAGUUCCUGGAUCAGGCGGGCUUUAGGAAUUACGAUAUCAAGGCGAUUUCUGCAUUACGCUCGGGCGUCCCAGAACAAUUCGCUUAGUAGAACAAAAAACUACUGACAAGCCAAGUUUUCUCUCCAGUCGU